AUGAAUCCCUCUCUCGAACAUCGAUACAAUGAAGAUCAGAUCCUACAGCUUGAUCCGAGGAAAGGCGAACGAGCAUACAGCAUCUUGAUCAUCAACCCCAAUACCUCGACACAUAUGACCGACGCUCUCAAACCUAUCCUGGCCAGCCUGAACUUCCAAGAUGUUCAUAUAGAGUAUUUCACUGCGCCAAAUCAACCUGUGGAAGUUGAUGGGGUCGAGGUCCAGCCAAUUGACAGCAUCAACAAUGCUGCUGAAUCCUGCAAGUCGGCAUUAAACUGCUGGUCUAUUCGAAGCCUGAUUGGAUACUACGAUGCAUUUUUAGUCGCAUGUUACUCAGCCCAUCCAUUCGUGGGCAAGCUCAGGGAAGACAUAAAGUUCUUCGAAGAGGAAUCCCAACCACCACGAAACAAAUAUGUCACCGGAAUCUUCGAAGCCUCCAUCACCGCCGCACUAUCCCUCGUCAGUGGAUUCACACUAGAAAAUCCAAUCGAACCAGAAGGAAAGCUCCACAAGCACCAAGAGAAGGGCAGUUUCGGGAUUGUGACCACGGGAUCUGCGUGGAAGGAAGAGCUCACCAACGGAGUCCAAGGUGCACUGGGAUACAAUGAUGAAGAUGGAGAGUCUUCGCACUUUGCAGGCGUUGAGACCACCGGAUUGACGGCAAUCGAGCUUCACACGACUGAGCCAGAGGAGGUGCGACGGAGAAUCAUCGAAGCCACCUGCAGCUUGCUUCGCAACUCCAGGACUCGUGUUAGGGUGGUCUGCCUGGGUUGUGCAGGAAUGGCAGGCAUGGAAGAGGCGGUCCGCGAAGGCUGCGUUCAGGAGUAUGGAGACCGCGAAGGGCGCCGUGUCCGAAUUGUGGACGGAGUCGUUGCAGGUGCUGGAAACCUCAUCACAGCUUUGAAGGCAGGAUUUUGA